UUCAAUUUUUAUUUCCCACAUUGAGUCGUUCUCGUCAAAACUUUCAAAAAUCAUCUAAGGCCCAUAAUAUCAUUCAGGGUUUAAACUAAGGAUCAACAAAACUUCGUUCAAAUUUGAUCCAUAGAUUAAACUACUUUCGUAAUAUCAAUACAAAAACAAACAGAGAUCAGCUGAACUGUGACAAUGUUAUGACGUGUGGCAACAUUUUGUGAUCCGUUCAUUCUUUUCAAUCUUUUAACAAUCCCAAGCUAAAAUUACACAUCUGUAUUUGACAGUUGCAUCGUUUUUCCAAAUAAAAUUCAAUGAUUCGUUAUGUCCGUCGAAAAUAAAACACGCGUUCCCAAUUUUUCAAAAUCGGAAACAGAAUUGCUCACAAGCUUGGUGAGACAAUAUAGCCAUAUAUUGGAAAAUAAAAAAAGUGAUAUGACAAAUAAUCAGCUGAAGGAGCAAACUUGGUCAAAGCUGGCCAAAGAAUUCAACAGUUUGUCGUCAUUUGUGUUCAGAAGUGACAAGACUCUUCGCGCAAAGUAUGACAAUAUAAAAAAGAGGGCCAAGACCAAAUAUAGUACGUUUCGGAGAAGUUUGUAUGGAACAGGGGGUGGACCAUCCGCUGAAAUUAAUUUCAGUCAAGAAGAGGAAGUGGUAAUGGAGUUAUCUGGGACUAGUGUGAUGGGAUUACCAUCUCGCAAUGACUGUGAUGAGAUAGUAAUAACAAAGGAAACAAAGGAAAAAUAUGCCGAGACCAGCCAAGACACAGCACUUCCGGCAAAAAAUAAUCAAAAUAUACUGAUUGAUGAAAAAAUUAUUGAAUCAGAAACCCCAAAGAGCAGUAAUUUUCUAUUAAAGAGAAAAAUAUCUACACCCCUCACCAAAAAGAAUCCAGAAGUGUUCAAUAAAACAAUGAACAAUUAUAGUGCCUUGGCCAAUAAAAAAAUUAAAUUACUGGACGCACAAAUUGACAAUUUAAAUAAAAAACAAGAACAAGAAGUAAAGGAGCAUGAACUGAGAUGUACACUUCUACAAUUAGAAAUUGACAUUAAAAAAAAAGUACUCGAUAGUUUUAAUUAAUUGAUAAAAUGCGUUGUAAUUAAAUAUAUAUGUAAUUGUAAAUUGUUGUAACUGUGUAAUUAAAUGUAAUAAAAAAAGAUGAGGUUGUUUUCAUUUCAUAUUAAAAAUUGGUUUUAUUAAACAUAUAAAGGACAAUAGUUCAAAUAUAGUAGUAAAUUUACUUUAUAUUUUGAUUUUCCUUUUUUUAAAAGGAAUUCAGCUAUUGUAAACUGCUAAAGUAAUUGUCAAUUAACAUUUGCCUUCUAUAACUAUUGUUGCUGUAAUUGCUGCUGAGGGUGGUAUCUUGGUUGUUAUCACUGCCAGUUACAUCAAUGAUAUUUUCUAAGUUAACAUCUAAGUUAGGCAUGACAUCAUUAUGCUUGAUACACAAGUUGUGUAAAAUGGCUGUUGCAACAAUGAUAUCUUGUACCAGUUCAACUUUGGUCUUAAUUCCCAAUGACAAAACUGGAAACCGUCUCUUCCAUAUGCCAAAUGCCCUCUCUAUACAAUUCCGAGUUCGUAUAUGAGACUCAUUGUAUAGUUUCUCAGCUUCUGUGACAGGAUUUUGUAGAGGUGUCAAUAGAUAUUUUUUGUUCGGAUAUCCAGCAUCACCGAGAAGAACUAGUUGGCCCAUCUGACCUGAUUCAAAAAUAGCACAGAGUCUGCUAUUUUGAAAAAUGGUACUGCCAUGGCUUGCCCCCGGCCAUCUAGCCACAAUAUUCGAAAAUUUCAAGUCUGAAUUGCAAACUGCCUGAGUAUUUAAGGAAAAAUAGCCUUUCCUAUUCCUAAAACACUCUGCAUUUUGUCCACCUGGUGAUUGAAUCCGUAUAUGAGUACAAUCAAGGGCUCCAUACACUAGAGGAAACCUAGCCAUAUUGUAGAAUCCAUUCUGAUGUUUCCUUUUGUCUUCUUCAGAAUCUUGCAGCAUUAUAUAUCGGCAUCGUCUUGAUGCAAUCGCUUCGGUAACUUUUUUAAUAGCUUUUCCUGCUGUCGUUUGGUGAACACCACUGAAAUCGCCAACAGUAAUUUGCAUGCAUCCAGUAGCAUAAUAACGCAAGGUUAAUAAUAACUGGUUACACGCUGACAAUGCAUGAUUCCUGCAAUAAAAAAGUACCUAAUAACAUUACAGUACAAAUAAACAUUAGGUAAUAUAUACUCAAUACUAUAUAUUUAAUGGGUACUUUAAAAAAAGUCCUGUAAAUAAAGUCCGCCUUACCGAUUUGUGGGGUGUGAUAUGUCAUUAGCAAUUUCUUCUAAAAUCGUAAAAGCUGUAUUCUUAGAUACACGAAAACGACGUAUAAACUCCGUAUCGUCCCACUUAACGAAAUUGUUUUCUCUUGGUCUGACUAGAUAAGG